AUGCCGAGCCUUGGAUCUCUGCACGGAGCUGGAUACUUUGUGCUCCAAAUCUUGCGCGUCUGUACUGUCAUUACCCUGCUCGCCGCCGCCGCCGGAUGCUGGGUUCUCAUCAUCCAAGUCGCCAAGUACAAGUCAUACUUUGUCUUCCAGUGCAUGUCUCUUUUCUUUACCUCUAUGGGCUGCCUGUUCCUCAUUAUUGCCGAAUUCCCCGUCAUUAAAUUCGUGCGCAGCUUUUACCGCGACUCCUGGCCAGUCCUAUCCGACUCUCACGGCGUUGGCUGGAUGGGUGCCGCCAUCAUCAUCAUCGGUUGCCAUGUUUUGGGUACACUGAACGAGCAAGGCUACGACACUGAUGCCUUUUCUGCCCACUUCUCCAAGCUUGUCCUGUCCUCGGGCAUUCUUUGCAUCCUGUUUGGCGCCCUCAACAUCAUCUGCGCCCUCAUCUGGCGCGAUGCCAAGCAAGGCAUUACUUCACGCGACAUCCGCACCCAUGGUUCCCUUGCCGCCGAUUGCGCCACGCUCCCCAGCUACAGCGCCAGUCCAGCCACCUCUAUCCGCAACGAAAAGACCAAGAGCAAGUUCAUGAGCAAGAUUUUCAAGCGCGGGUCCGACAAAGACGACGUCGGCCCUCCGCCCAGGCCAGUCAUCAGCGGCCCAUACACAUCUGGGCCAGAGGUUUCCCCAACUGGAGCUACCAGUCCUAUUGUCCCUGGGCUCAAGCGACCCAACACAGCCCUGCACCCGAUGCACGGCCACCGAGCCAGCAGCCAAUAUUCUGUGGCCGAUCACCCGAAUCAACUCUAA